CUGAAAUGAUUUGUCACCCACUCAAAGGGAGGGAGGACUGUUAAUCUCUGCACGGGUUUUACUUUGAGAAGGGAAGAGAAGGCUCUUGUUUAAAACGGCGUUUCCCCCAGAAGGGAUCCCAGCCGGGCCUGAGGAAAGUUUGAGGAGGAGCUGCUGGGGCCCAGCGCUUCUGCAAGGGGCUGCUUUGUGUGGGAAACACGAGGACGUGCCUUCAGGACGCCCGUCCUGCAGCACCCAGUCGGUACAACGGUUGCUUGCUCAGCUGCCACGCGACAGGAAUCUGGUAGUCGUUUGUUGGAAGCACACAAUUUUCCUUCCCUUUUCUUUCCUGCAAGCUCACCAGCGGAGCUUCCAGAAAGAGGAGAGAAAUAAAAGAAGGGGGCAAAGGGAGCGAGCGGUGCAAGGUGUGGUUGGCUUUCCCCAGCACCUCAAAUCGCUCCUCUCAGCUCCGCGCAGUGGACGUGCGUGGGCCUGCUGUGCCCGGCGGGGCGGGGAGGAGCGACAAAAGAAAAAAGGAAAAAAAAAAAAGGACAUAAAAAUAAAGGGGAAGGAAAUAACGGGGAAAUUUCGCUUUUCCCUUCCUUCUCCAGGCACAAAGGGCCGGGGGGGCCGCGGGCAGGGAGGGGUUUCCCCGGAGGCGGGGCCGCGCCGAGGUGGCCGCCGAGCGGCAGCCGGAGCGGAGCGGGCAGCGGCGGGCGGGAGCCGCCAUGGAGCCGGGGGGCAGGCGCGGCCGUGCCGCUGAGGAGGCCCCGCGGCCCGAGGAGGAGGAGGUGGACCCCCGCAUCCAGGGGGAGCUGGAAAAGCUCAAUCAAUCUACAGAUGUAAUCAAUCGGAGGGAGACGGAACUGGAGGAUGCACGGCAGAAGUUCCGCUCUGUGCUGGUUGAAGCAACGGUAAAACUGGAUGAACUGUUAAAGAAGAUUGGGAAAGCUGUAGAAGAUUCUAAACCUUACUGGGAAGCUCGGAGGGUGGCCAGGCAGGCACAGCUGGAAGCCCAGAGAGCAACUCAAGAUUUUCAGAGGGCAACUGAAGUGCUGCGUGCUGCAAAGGAGACUAUUUCACUUGCUGAGCAGAGGCUGCUGGAGGAUGACAAACGUCAGUUUGACUCUGCCUGGCAAGAGAUGCUCAACCAUGCUACGCAGAGGGUCAUGGAGGCAGAACAAACCAAAACGAGAAGUGAGUUGGUUCACAAGGAGACGGCAGCCAAAUACAAUGCUGCCAUGGGAAGGAUGAAGCAGCUGGAGAAGAAGUUGAAAAGAGCCAUCAAUAAAUCCAAACCUUAUUUUGAACUCAAGGCAAAGUACUAUGUCCAGCUAGAGCAACUGAAGAAAACAGUGGAUGACCUGCAGGCAAAACUCUCCCUGGCGAAGGGAGAGUAUAAGACUGCCUUGAAAAAUCUGGAGAUGAUCUCAGAUGAGAUUCAUGAGAGGAGACGGUCCACUGCCAUGGGGCCCCGAGGAUGCGGUGUGGGUGCUGAAGGGAGCAACAUUUCUGUGGAAGACCUGUCUACCAGCAAACCAGAGUUGGACGCUGUCUCAAUGGCUUCUGAAGUAUUUGAGGAUGACAACGGCAGCAGCUUUGUGUCAGAGGAAGACUCGGAAACACAGUCAGUGUCCAGCUUCAGCUCUGGGCCUACAAGCCCUAGCGAGGUGCCCACUCCAUUUCCCCCUGCGACACGCCCUGGCACCCUGGAUCUGCCCAGCCCUGUGUCCCUCUCUGAGUUUGGAGCGAUCUUCCCCGUCCUUGGCCCCCGAAGUGAAUGCAGUGGGGCUUCAUCUCCUGAAUGUGAAGCUGAAAGAGGGGAUAGAGCAGAAGGGGCUGAGAACAAGGCAAGUGACAGAGUGAACAAGAACAGGAGCAGCAACAGGAUUGGCUCCAGCGAGGGGCUGGCUUUGGAUAACCGGAUGAAGCAGCUCUCCCUUCAGUGCAUGAAAAUCAAAGAGGGAAUAUGUGCGGGCAGAAAGGCUGCCCAGAUUGGCUGAGUCCUCCUCAUGCCCGUCCUGAUUAAUGGGAAUAUAAAUAUUUAUACAUGAACUUCUAAGUGUUUGAAGAACAUUGUGCCAAUAAUAUAUGCCAAAUCUUAUGCGUUUACUCUAAGAAUUUAAAACUGCACUAAGAAGUCUAAUUGAUGUCGAGGGCUGAAGUUUUUAUUCAGUAAAUCCUUUGUAGGUCAGACAAGUUAUCAGCUGGUAAGCUGUGCUCCCAUGUCACAGACUUUGUAAAUCGUUUUGUAGCAGCCUGGCUGAAGCAAUAACCAGUAAUGUUCCUGUGCAAAUUCAUGGCAGUGGGGGGUCUGAAAUUCAAGCCAGACAUUUGCAGAGUGCAGUUUGGCUUUGGUUUUGUAGAAUGAAAUACUCUUUAGAUACAUUGGAUCUCUUGAGUAUAAGUGGCAUAUUCUUUAAACAUCUGUAUUUGUCUGUGUUACGCUGAAACUGUAGAAAUAUUUUGUAUUUUGAAAGCUGCGUGUGGGGGUCUAAAAGCCUUCACUCUUCCCUUGGUGCUCACAGAAAGGAUGAAGAUGAGUCGUGCCUCUAAGAACCACCUGAGACAGACAGGAGUGGGAUGUUCAGCAGCCAUGGGCCCUUUUUUGCCCCCUUCCUGAGUCUGGCUGGAACUCUAAGGGUGAUUCCAGUGACCAAAAAGAGUUGAUUGGCCCUUGCCCUCCCCUUCCCCUAAGAAGUGAAGUAUUAUUUUCAGCACUUUAAAGUGUUAUUGCUCAAAAAUGGGAGGAUAGAUGUUUUCAGGACAGUUACAAUUAGGGGAUCACCCUUAAAAUAUGCAUGAAGAAAAGGAACUGCCAGUGUAGAUUGACAGUGUGUUCUUAAAUUUCUCCGUAGGUUGUACUGUGUGGGAUUUCAUAACUGUAAAAGGGAUUGAGGUUUAGGAUGCCCUAGAGAAAUGUUCAAUAAAACUAGAAAGGGCACGGGCAUGUUUGCUGGCCGCUGUUAGGCAGUAGUAGUGUUUGGUCAUUAUAAGUGGUAGUAAAAAAAAAUCCUAGGACUCUUCAGUUUUGGUGGCUAAGCAUUUCUGAAAGCACCAUUUUAUCUAAAAUGUCAGUUUAUAUUGUUAAUUUCAUGGGAAUUUUAGUAUUGCCCGAAGUAUUUUCUAUUAUAUGUUUUUGCAGUCCUGUUGUAUUUUGUCCUUGCCACAGCUUGUGUAUCUAUUCUCAAAGCUAAUGUACAAUUCUUCACACUACAGUAAACCUUUUUGUUUUCCACA